AUGGUGAAGGUCUACCGGCUUGUUACUGCAAACACGUACGAGAGGGAAAUGUUCGAUAAAGCAUCGCUAAAGUUGGGUCUGGACAAAGCUGUGCUUCAGUCAACAACAGCCCUCAAAGAGAGCAGCACAUCGCUCAGUAAGAAGGACGUGGAGGAGCUACUGAAAAAGGGAGCAUAUGGAUCGAUCAUGGAUGAGAAUGUGGACGAAGGUAGCAAGUUCAGUGAAGAAGAUAUCGAAACCAUACUUCAGCGAAGAACCACUACAAUUACACUAGAACCGGGGCAGAAGGGAUCGCUUUUUGCCAAGGCAGCCUUCAAUUCUACUCAUAACCGUGGAGAUGAUAUUGACAUCGACGAUCCAAAUUUCUGGACGAAAUGGGCUGAAAAGGCGCAGUACAAUUUGCCUUCAGGCUCAAAUGUUCAAUCAGCCAAUCGCAAACGAAGACGUGGUGAUGACGAGGACGGUGACUAUGUUAGUUAUCGUCCUGAUGAGCUAGCGUUCAAUAAGAGCGAGUACUUCAAG